AUGGAUUGUGAAGCUAGUGUUGUGCACAAUCUCUUGGAACGCAUGAUAGUUGAUGAAAGCAUAGAGCCGACAGGUCUGCCAUUAGCACUUCUGAAAGCCAUCACCAAUAAUUUCUCAGACAAUCAGCAAAUUGGCAAAGGGGGUUUUGCAGUUGUUUACAAGGGACAGCUUCAGGGUGGCACAGUUGCUGUGAAAAGACUGUCCCCAGAACUUGAUAUGGACGAGAAGAACUUCAACCAUGAGAUUAGCAGUCUCAUAAAGGUGAAGCACAAAAACAUAGUACUUGAAAGUUGGAGUAAUAGGUUCGAAACAUUAAAUCAAGACACAGAACUGAACCAGGUAAGGGUAUGCGCCAAGAUAGGGGUAGAGUGCAGUGACUUCAACCCAGCGAAGAGACCAGUUACACAGUAUAUAAUUGAGACACUUUAUGAAAUGGAGCAGACAUAUGGUUUUAUUGAAACCGACCUCUGUACUUCAUCAACAACACAUCCAUUCAAUGACGGCAUGACAAAUGAUGCAUUCCAAGGCAGCACUUGCAAGGAUGAUACACAAUGUGGUCCUGUCAACCCCCAGUCUCAUGGACCUAAGUACAAUCUCAAGUUGUACAUGCACCAAACCAUGGAUGGACCAAACCAUAACCAAGUAAACAUAGCAGAUCCACAGCAGCCACAUAUGUUUGGUUACACCAAUGUUCAUGACUAUCCCAUAUAUGAUGGUCUUGGACCCAGUGCAAAGAUUGUUGCACGUGCACAAGGCCUGCAUACAGAGACUUGUAUGGACGACGAUGACUGGUUCCAUUGGAGCAGCAUAGUGUUUAGCAAUGAAAGGUUUGGUGUUUGA